AUGGCUACUCCCACGGACCCCCUCAACUUCAUCCCCGCAGACGUAUUCUUCCCCACCGUUCCCAAUUUCACUAAACCCUCGGAGAUUCUUACCGUUGAAUCAUCUGCUUCAACAUCCCCCAGCGAUCCUCUUCGCUAUGCUGCACACAUCACUCUAAAGGGCGAGCCCAACACUCACUGUCUAGUCCAGUUCGCAUCGCCGCAGAUCUGGAGAGUCAGAUAUAAUCCAAAGUACACUGCUGUUUCGGAUUAUGAUGAUUUCAACUCGCGUACUAUCGUUAGAGAUACUUUCUCUAGUCUGGUAGAUGAUCUUCAGCAGGAUUACAGGGACUCUGAGGCUUGGAACUCACAUCCUGCUCAGGAGGGAUGGUUUUGGAAGACUUCUUUUGAGCAGAAGGCCCCAGACCAUUGGGUUCUCACUACAGUUGAGUACGAGACCAAAGAGUCCACUGGUGUCCCAAACACAGCUCUCCACUUCUUCGCCUCUCCAUUCCGCAUUGUCGCGACAAGGAAGCUCAAGGCUCUCGACGCAGACCCGGCGUUCUUGAAGACCGUUGGUAUCGACACUGUGUCUGAGUACGAGCAGAUUAUCUGGCAGACAACCGACCAGACAUUCUCUUAUCAAGGUAAUCCAAGCAUCGGUGCUGUGAACAAUGUCGUUUUCAACAUCAAGAAGCCUGGGUCAGCGGCGUAUCUUGGUUUUGGAGAACAGGGUGGACGGACUGUUAUAAAGAAGCCCACUUAUCUCAACUUCUUCUGCUAUGAUAACUUCAACUACUCGAAAGUCUAUGGUCUUGGAGCUCUGGAUACUCGAGAGCCACUUUACCACUCUACACCUUUCUUCCUGGAGAUGAACGGCACUCCGGAUCGAAAGAAUGUUACUGGCGUUAUGGUGGAUAACUACUCUCAAGUUGCUAUCGAUCUUGGCAAGAAUGAUUCGCAUACCAUCAGUGUUGCCACGCGCUUCAAUACCUUUGAUGCGUGGAUUCUUACAGCUGAUGAUGUACCAAGGAUGAUUUGGCAGUAUACCUCCAUCGUCGGACGACCUAAGCUCAAGCCCCGAUUCAUUCUGGGUCAUCAUCAAGCAUGCUAUGGUUACUCGAAUGAAGGAACUGUUAACAACGUCGUACAACGGUACAGAGACUCCGACAUCCCAUUAGAUGGGAUGCAUCUCGAUGAUAAAUACCGUACUUUCACCAACAGCAACAAGAAUUUCCCUAACGUGGGAUCGUUCCUGAACGGUCUGAAGGCCAAGGGAGUGAAGAGCUGCACCAACAUCACUCCCAUUCUUACUAUCCGACCCUCAGAUGAAGGUCCCUACAAAGCACUGGACAGCUUCUGGGAUCCGACAUUGGCUAACAGGUAUAGUCUUCUGGUCGCUGAUAAGCGAUACCUCGACGGUCUGCCCAACAACCAACCUCUUUGCUGGCGCUACGACGGCGGUCUUCAGAACCUGGACCCUAACAACGUCAAUCAGCGUGAGAGAUUUGCAGACUAUAUUGGUGCUCCUGACUAUAGGGAUGACUAUAAUUUCUCUGAAAACUAUAACAGCGGAUAUCCCUUCCACGGUGGUGUUAGCUACGGUACUAACCUCGGAACUCCCGGAUUCUAUCCUGAUCUGAACAGGAAAGCUGCGAGGAAGAAGUGGGGUGAGCAGUAUCAGUAUCUCUUCGACAACGGUCUCGAAUUCGUCUGGCAAGACAUGACAACUCCCGCUGCCGCAAAAUGCUACGGCGAUUCCCUCGGCUUCCCCUCCCGCCUCCUCAUGACAGACGAUAGCUACACCAACCCCCCCAAGACCAAAACCGCCAUCGAGCUCUGGAGUCUCUACUCCUACAAUCUCCACAAAGCAACGUAUCACGGCCUCAACAAUCUCAAAGGCCGCGAGAACAAACGCAACUUCAUCAUCGGCCGCGGUAGCCAGACCGGUAUGCACCGCUACGCUGGGCUCUGGACCGGCGAUAAUGGUAGUUCGUGGGACUUUUUCAGAAUCUCUGUUGCGCAGGUGCUUGCGUUGGGGUAUAGUGGUUUGAGUAUCGCUGGUGUAGAUAUGGGUGGUUUCACUGCUGAUCCAGCUAAUACAUUGCCGAAUCCGAGAUGGUGUGAUCCGGAGUUAUUGAUUAGGUGGUAUUCGGGGGCGUUUCUGCUGCCGUGGUAUAGGAAUCAUUAUUUACAGCAUCCUGAGGCGAGCUCUGGGGGUUGCAAAGCUUUUCAGGAACCCUGGGCUUACGGCGAUAUUCUGAACAAUUUCCCCGGUCCUCUUCCGCCUGACCAGGCUGCGUUGUAUCGCUCCGUUGUACCAGUUUGCCGGUAUUACGUGCAGCUUCGAUACUCCCUCCUCCAAGUCCUGUACGACUACAUGUUUGCCAACCUGAUCAACGGUCUACCAGUCGCACGUGCAAUGCUCGUCACCGAUCCCUUUGACACAAGCCUCUUCAAUUCCAACCAAGGCUUUAUCGACAACCAGUACCUUCUCGGCCAUAACAUCCUGGUCUGUCCUCAGGUUGAGCAAAAGGCAGGACGUCGCGACGUGUAUCUUCCAAACUCUGAUAAUUGGUAUCCCUCCAACCUUCGUGUUAACAACCAAGGAUUUGGCCCAGACCCGAUUCUGAAACAUGCUGCUGUGUUGCAGAAACCAGCUCCUGGUGGGAAGAUUGUGGACUAUGAUUGUCAUAUUCCUGAUGCUGUUGCGGAUCCAGAGCAGGUCGCUUAUGUCACUCCUGUGUAUAUCCGAGGAGGUGCUAUCAUUCCUCAGCUUGAUGUUCGUCAGUGGGUCAAGGAGGGCGAUCUGAACUCGCCUACCAUUCAUGUAUACCCAGGUGGCAAGACUACUUCAUACUCGAUGUAUCUCGACGACGGUGUCAGCCGCGACAGCGCGCCCAUCGACUUGCCCCAGCACAAGUACAAAGACGCAGCACAGUACACCAAAGCAAAGGGUUUCUACCGCGAAGUCAAGCUUACUCAGGAAAACACCAAGACAAACCGCAAAAUCACCAUUCGGCACCAGUGGGACGGCUACGACGCCAAAGCAACAAUCGGCGACACCUACAACUUUGCCAUCUGGACCGUUCAAGCCACUGCACCGCCCGAGUCACAAAUUAGUGUCGACUUUGAGGAUGAGAACGGGAUGACUGUUAUUGACUCUGGACUGACGUCGACUUAUAUCGUAGGUCGUGGUGUUUUGACGGUUAGCGUACCGGUGCAUCUUGUGCCGUCGCUCAAGACACCCCAGAAUUAUACGCAGGGCUCUUUUGCAGAUCGGUACCUGGCUAUUAAUGUCAGUGGGCUGCCUUGA